UUGAGCAGGGUCGAUUCAUUUGCAUUUUAUUUUAGUUUAUAGAUAUGGAUUUCAAUACUACAGGAGCGAUGAGAAGUCCGUUCUCGCCCCGGGUAAGACAGUCCAUUUCAGGGCGAAGGCCUGGCGGCCUAUCUUCCUUGAAAAAAAGCCAAAGUAAAUUUAUGCAGUCACAAAGCGAACAAACUGGCGAUGUGAUCUAUAAAAGUCCAUCGAUGACACUAGAAACGUACGGGGCACCUAUGCCAGUGAUGGUCACAGAGGCUCUUGCGUUCGCAAGUGGAGACAUCUCAGUGCGCCUCUCGACCUGUGGCUGGUGUUGGGUAGUGUCUGGUCGUCGCAUCCUGGCUUGGGAGCAAUCUCCAAUAGAUACUGAUGAAGAUCCAGCCAAUGUGACUGGCAUAUCAGCUGCUCGAGAGCUCACAUUACCUCAAACAGAUUUAGCUCACAAGGCUGAUUUAGUUGUACUGUUUUACGGAAAUGACUCCCAGAUGCCAUCCUGUAUUGGAGUUUCACCUGAGGGUGUGAUUCGCUACUGGCCCUCAGUAGGACAGGAAGAGGUUUAUGUAGAUGUAACAUGUGAACUAGCAGGUCAAGAGUGUGAGAAACUAGGAGAUUACACCAGCUCUGGCCUCAUACUGGCUACUACGACUUGUACCGUGGUGCUAUUGACUCCUACUGUUCUUGAUGGAAGAGCAACAGUGACUUGCUGCACUUUACGUCCACCGAGUGGUUGGCUAGGAGGUAUAGGACGACGUGUAUCACUGUUGUUCUUUGGAUCUAUGCCUGCACACACAGAUACGCGGCUGGUGGGUGCGGUGUGGGCGGGGGACUGUGUGUGGCUGGUGGCUCGCGGGCCAGCGCUGCAGGUGUGGCGCCCUCCCGCGCUGCUGCACCACCACUCGCUGCGGGGCCCGCUGGCGCUCGCCGCGCGCCCGCAUCUGCAGCCUCACGGUGACUUGAACAGCUUGGAGAUAAUGGCUCUGGAUGUGCAGGCCAGUGGGAACGAUGGCUUCUUGCUACUAAUCGCAGCAGUUAAUGUAACGAGGUCACCGGAAAUGAGAUAUGCUAUUGCUCACAUCAACGUAGAAGAUCCAUCGUCUCCUCGUGUAAGUUCAUUUGUUCCUGUCCGGAAUUUUCCUCAGGAAGCGGAUGAGCCUCCGCGGCUUUUGCCCUUCGGAAACAAAGCGUUAUUGUAUACAUCCAAAUACAUCGCUUUGAUUUCACUAGCAGCCACGACGGAUGCUGAAGUUGUGGAGGCGGCCAGUGGAGACCGCGUGCUCAGCGCCGCGCGCUCCCCGCAUGGACCCGCGCUGUUCACCGCCGCGCACGGCCUGCUCGCACUGCGUCUGCACUCGCACGCCGCGUCAGUAUACACACGCACACACGCCCCCGCACGGACCCGCGCUGUUCACCGCCGCGCACGGCCUGCUCGCACUGCGUCUGCACUCGCACGCCGCGUCAGUAUACACACGCCCCCGCACGGACCCGCGCUGUUCACCGCCGCGCACGGCCUGCUCGCACUGCGUCUGCACUCGCACGCCGCGUCAGUAUACACACGCCCCCGCACGGACCCGCGCUGUUCACCGCCGCGCACGGCCUGCUCGCACUGCGUCUGCACUCGCACGCCGCGUCAGUAUACACACGCCCCCGCACGGACCCGCGCUGUUCACCGCCGCGCACGGCCUGCUCGCACUGCGUCUGCACUCGCACGCCGCGUCAGUAUACACACGCCCCCGCACGGACCCGCGCUGUUCACCGCCGCGCACGGCCUGCUCGCACUGCGUCUGCACUCGCACGCCGCAGCUGCAUGUGACAGUCCGAUCGGCUCCUCGAGUCAAGCCGACAUGUAUGAAGGAAAUUUAUCGCUGUACGAAAUUGAUCCUUGCGAGAUGAGCGCGGUGGUGACGGACGCGUGCGGGAAACUGAAGACGGCCUUCCUGUUCCACCUGCGGCGGGACUCCACCUCGUGCCGCGAGCUGCUGGACGAGCUGUUCCCGCCGCCCGGCCAGCACGCGCCGCAGGAGCCCGACGUGGACGCGCCCCUGGACCGCACCGUGCUCGCCGUGGCCACCGAGACGCUGGACGACAUGCCCGCGGGGGAUCCUAGGUGGAAGCGCUCGAGCGGACAGCCCACCCACGUCCCGCUGGGCAGCUCCACGGCGCUGCAGAUAGAAGCCCAGCUCCUGGACAAGCAGAGAGCGCUGGCACUCUUCUUCGACUUCCUGAGAGCGACCGGCCUGUGGCAGAGGUUGGGCCUCGUCACUGUAGAGGACGAGGGCGUGGCCAGCACCACGAGCGCGCUGUGCCAGGCCUGGGAGCGCGUGCGCGGCGCCGCGGCCCUGCGCCGUCUGCAGCGGGGGACCCACGCCGCCUUCAUAGACUCCAUUAUAUGUGAGGCGGUGCGCGGCUGGCAACACCGCGAGGAGGAGAGCGUGCACGCGGCGCUGUCCAGUGGCGCGCUGUCCCCGACGGACGCGUGCUACCGUCGCGUGUCCCGCUUGCCAGCCGUGCUGCUGAUGCUCACCCGGCCCGUGCCGUCCGACCGCCCGGCGGCGCUUGCCGUGCUUAGUGGCGUGCUAUCGGAGAUGCUGAAGGCUCGCAAGUCGUGGCAGAACGUGUCGCCGCCCCCGCUGGGCUCCUCGGCGCUGCUCACCCCCGCGCUGCACCUCAUCAGGAAGAGUCUCACUGAAUUCGAAAACAAGGGGGGCGAUGCGACGCUGCGCGCGCAGGUGUGCGAGGCGGCCGCGGGGCUGGCCGACGUGCUGCUGGCCGGCGCGCAGGCCUCCCCCGCCUACCCCGCGCUGCGCACCGACCUCAUCCGCCCCUUCGUGGAGCAGGGGGAGCCGGAGCGCGCGGCGGCCCUGGCGGAGAAGUACCAGGAGUUCUCUGUGCUGGUGGAGCUGUGCGUGUCGGGCGGCGACACGGCGCGCCUGUGCGACUACGUGGACCGGUACAGCGACCGCGGCAUGGCGGAGGUCGCGUACGAGUGGAUGUCGCGCAAGGGGGGCGCCGCCGCCGCCGCCCUCGUCAGAGGCGCUGGGGGCGGAGCCCGGCUGACGGCGUGGCUGCGGCGGGAGCGCCCCGACCUGCUGUCGCUGCACCAGCUGCACCGCGGGGACCACGCCGCCGCCGCGCACACCUUCAGCAGCCUCGCGCACGCCGAGACCGACAACCUCGAGCGGAUGACGACGCUGGCGUCUCUGAGCAAGCUGUGCAUGCUGGUGUCGGACGCGCCGGAGGAGGCCCCGGCCUGGGACGCCGUGCAGCGCCGCCUGGCCCUCGCCGAGCAGCACCGCGCCCUGCCCAGUGACGUCAUGCCCAGUGACGUCACGCCGCAGCGCGUCAUGCAGCCGCACGAGCUCGUCGAGGUGUACCUAAAAUCUGAGAACAAAUCGUUGACUGAAUACGACUACAAGAAGGCGCUGGACCUGACGGAGGGCGUGGAGGACCCCGAGCAGCGGCAGCGGCUGCGCCUGCGGGUGUGGUGCGCCAGCGUGCUGCGCGACGACUGGGCCGCCUGCAAGCCGGACGACCCCGCCGCCGAGCUCAUGCAGAGGACCUUCUUCAAGCUCAUAGACCUCGUCAACGUCAUGGGCGACGACCUGGACGUGCUGCUGCCCGAGCUCCCCGAGCUGCUGUCGGCGCCGGAGCUGGCCGCGCUGGCUGCGGACUCCAAGUUCCACUACCUCCUCAAGUACGGGUACGAGUGCCUCCACCAGCGCACCGCGGACCAGAGCCCUGAUGACUCUGCUUGACCCGCUGGACCUCUGAACUGAGACGAACAAAACGGGAUUUGAAUGUUCGUAAAGAUUAGUUUACCCGCGCCGAACUCAUACUCCGACAAAUGCUCUCCAUGCGAGCACUCAAGCUGAUAAAAUCUGGUUGUGUAUGCAAUUAUAAAGUGCUUGUUGUUAACUAAAGAAACACGUACUGCGACAGGGUAUUCCACUGCAUUGUGUCAAAUCAACACAACGCCUUUAUUAUUUUAUAAAAAUGGCAAUAAAAUUCAAAUAAAUAUCAUGAUCGUCUGCGGCGCGACUUCAGUGCACUCAAAUACCCUAACGUAGGUUCAGGUCUUGCUCCAAAGUCGCUAGGUAAAGACUUUGAACUUUUGAAACUUGACAAUUUAAUGAUUAUCCACAUAGAAACAAAAGUACACAGAGAAUUUGAAGCAGGCCUCUGGCACAUUAUACAAGCUCUCGGUUGGUACGCAGACGGAACUUUGAGACCAUUGGAUUCGUUCAAUUUAAGUGAUAGUGUUUGUAAACGCGUGCCGGCUCAACGCUUCAUUCAAAAGCAAAUAAAUACUAUUUCCAAUUGAGUUCUCAGUACCAACCCUUUUUAAAAAUCGUUCCGAACAGUCAAAACCCAUUUUAGGAAUAAACGAAGAUCAAUACGUCUUUCUUUGUUCAAAGUAGGUUAUUUUGUGAGUUUUGUUUCCGUUGAACGCAGAUAAUUCUAAGUGACAUAGUCGGUAAGACGAGUGAUGUCCGCGGGCGCCUGCCUCCGAACGGUGGCUGAAUUACAUUUAGUCUAAAAUAUUUCAUUAGCCGCUGUAGAUGUUGUUGAGUGACGUCUCGUUGUCGCGGCUGUGUGCGUGCGUGUACGUGUGCGUGCGUGUGCAUGAGUGUCUCGAACUAAAUUGUUUGAUUUCAUUAUUUAAAAGACUAAUAAAUCGUAUUGAAAUUUCUAAUGACAUUAUGUUAAAAAUGGUUUUCGAACGACCUAUUGUAAUGAACAUUAGACAUAGUAUUUAAUUAAUAUAACGCUUUAGUAAUGGGACACUUAAUAUUUGUAGCUCAGUACUUUAGGUGAUGUGCCCUCAUGUAGUGUGAAUAUUUGAUGACACUCGCUUGUGUCGGUUCUAGGAAGAGUCGGUUUUGUGAAGUUUUUGGAAUUAAUGUUUGUGUCAAAUACAUGUGUACCAGUGGAGCACCGCGCGGUUGGGACUAUGAACUUGCUGAUGUCCAUGAGCCAUUAAUCCAGUGGACCAAGUCUUCGUAUGCCGGUUGAGGCACAAGGAAUAGCAACAUUAGACGUUAGGUAGCUACUUGACUCUGAUAUAGACAUUGUCAAUUUUUAAAGCAUGCGGGUAAGUAUAUAUUUUCUAAAGCGUGCUGAUUUAUCGUUAAUGUUCGCAGAACGGUAGACUCAAAAGUAAGCCAUUAUUUUAGAUUCAUUGUACUACUGAUAUUUAGUUUUAUUAGAGACGGUAAGUAACUUGUAGACAUAACUAAUACAAAAACUUCACAAACAUACUUUAGAAAUAAGAAAAAUAAUCAUAAGGAAACUAAACUCACCAUUCGAUGAUGUUCAGUCAGACUGAUUUAACUGUAAGCUAUUGUAUAAGCGGUGUUGCCACUCAUCGUAAGAGACCUAACUGAUAAUUAAAUAAUGUAGAAUCUCGCUUAAAAAAAACUGGCUGGAUAGAUUUAAAUUUAUUUUAGGUAUCUAAUUUUAAAUGGCAACACUGAAUUAAACUUUAAACUUAAUUAUUCUAAAGGUAACUGGACACGGGUUUUUGUUCAAUUUUAAAGCACUAUAUUUUCACUACAUAAGUAAUUAUCUUAGUAGACAAUACUUGUUAUAUAAUACAACCUAAUAACAUAUUUUACUGUGGUAAAUGUGAUUUUUAUUCCUAAAGUUCAGUUUUCAAAUUAAAUUGAUGUUGAAUUGAUAAUUUUAAAGCCAUCAGUAUAUUUGGUGACUUAUGACAAUGUAUUGUUUGACACAGCUGAUCAUUUUUUAUGCCAUUAAAUUGUUCCUAGAUUUAAGAAUACGUAGUUUCUAGAAAAAUAAGAUUAAAAACAAAAAAAUGUGAUUGGAUUCAGUCGUUUACUCUUCAAAUAUCGAUUAACGCAGAUAUUUGUAAUCGCCGAUAACGUAGCGUACAAAGUUGUACGGACUAUGUGCAUUAUUGAAUUUAAUUUCAAUAAAUAAAAUUAUAUCAAUAAAAAAAAGUUGUAAAUAAAAUUUUCUCAAACUCUUACAUUUAGACUACUAUAGUUGGCAUAAAUCUAGUAAAUUGUGAAAUGAUUAAUUAAUAACAACCAAACCUGUUUUUUUUUUGUGAUUUAACGUU